CACGACGGGAAGCCGUUCUGCCACAAGCCCUGCUAUGCCACGCUGUUCGGACCCAAAGGCGUGAACAUCGGGGGCGCAGGCUCCUACAUCUACGAGAAGCCCCCAGCCGAGGCGCCCCAGGUCACCGGCCCCAUCGAGGUCCCAGUGGCCCGAACCGAGGAGCGGAAGGCAAGCGGCCCCCCGAAGGGGCCUAGCAGAGCCUCCAGCGUCACCACGUUCACCGGGGAACUGACGUCCCUGGGCAAGGACUGGCACCGGCCCUGCCUGCGCUGCGAGCGCUGCGGGAAGACGCUGACGCCCGGCGGGCACGCGGAGCACGACGGCCAGCCCUAUUGCCACAAGCCGUGCUAUGGAAUACUCUUCGGACCCAAGGGGGUGAACACCGGAGCGGUGGGCAGCUACAUCUAUGACCGUGACCCGGACAGCAAAGCCCAGCCGUAGGCCAGCACGCCUCUCAACCCCCCUGGCUGCUGGGACGCUGGCUGCCCGCCCUGCCGGACUGUCCUGCCUGGCUGGCUCUACUCAUUUCUCGUCUCCCUCUCUGGCCUCUUCUGUCCAUUUGUCCAUUACCCCGUUUGGGGUCUGCCUGCUUCCAAGGUCACAGGACCCACAGUGUGCGUGUCCUUGGGAGUCCCGUGCCCCAGCGUUUCUCCGUGUGUCCCAUGUCCCACAGUGGGCCCCUCUGAGGUGCUGUCACACUCUCCUGCUGCCUGGGCUCACCCCACCAGUGUUACAUGCUCUCCGUACCAGCGAUGGCCAUGCCCCUUGGUGUCCCCUUGGCAGAGGGCACCCCUACCUAGAGCCCCUGCCAGGCUCCCACACCACCUCGCAAGCGCCUGCCCGCCACUCUCACGUGGCCACUCAGCUGCCGGGACUGUGCUGUCAAUAAAGGGUCAGGGUCCUAGGA